AUGGAGAUGGGUCUUUGGGGUCUGCAUUUCUCGGCUAUUUUCGCUCUCUGUGCUGUUUUCGAAGCUGCGGCAUCCCAAGGGGUCCAGAUACAUAACCAGACAGUUGGAGGUCAACCAUUGGAUUCAUCGAAUGGAGGCACUAAAGUAGGCAGAGGUUGGUGUCCAUCUGGCUGGAACACCAACAUGAAUAGAACUAAGUGCUUCAAGUACAUCCGAGAUUUAAAGUCAUGGGAGGAAUCAGAAAGUUGGUGCGAAGGCCAUGGAGGAAACUUAGCAGCGCUGGCGUCAUAUCGAGAUCUUGAGUUUGCUCUAGGGUUGUGUGGCCAAAGUACCGAUGGCUGUUGGGUUGGUGGAAAAGGAACGAAUUCUAGUUUUGGAUUUACAUGGAAGUGGUCAGAUAAUACAACCCAUUGGAACCGUUCAUUAUUUGGUGCAGUGAUAUUCCCUUCACACUGUAGCAAUGCAUCAUGCCACAAAGAUCCUGCUAUUGAUUCAUGUACCCUGCUGACGAAUGGAAGUACUCCUGUUAUGGGAGAGAGAUGCGAUGCAUCUCGUGCUUCUAUUUGUAUGGUGGACUCUGAGAAGAAAUGUUACCACAUGCACUGCCACAGGGAGUAUCUCAUCAUUCUUGCAGUUGUCAGUGGACUAAUCCUCACUGCCACACUGGCUGUUGUGAUUUGGCUCCUUGUAUAUCGGCGCAGCAAGAAAAGUAGAAAGUCACGCAAAGUUUCUAAUCCAGCUGCCUCCGCCUUAGUUCCUCCAUCAUGGAAAGUCUACACUAAAGAGGAACUUCGGUCUCUAACUAAGAAUUUUAGUGAGGGGAAUCGUCUUCAUGGUGAUGCGAAAACUGGUGGAACAUAUAGUGGCCUUUUGCCGGAUGGAUCCAAGUUGGCAGUCAAGAGGUUGAAGAGGUCUAGUUUCCAGAGGAAGAAGGAGUUCUAUUCUGAAAUUGGAAGGGCUGCAAGACUACAUCAUCCAAACCUGGUGUCAAUCAAAGGUUGCUGCUAUGACCAUGGGGAUCGCUUCAUUGUUUAUGAGUUCAUUGUUAAUGGCCCUCUGGAUAGGUGGUUACACCACAUGCCGAGGGGAGGCAGAUGCUUGGAUUGGAAUAUGAGGAUGAAAAUUGCUACAACUCUUGCUCAAGGAAUUGCGUUUUUGCACGACAAGGUGAAGCCACAUGUUGUGCAUAGAGACAUCCGAGCCAGUAGCGUGCUGCUUGACGAGGAGUUUGGUGCCCACCUAAUGGGUGUCGGUCUGUCAAAGUUUGUUCCAUGGGAAGGAAUGCAGGAGAGAACAGUGAUGGCUGGUGGCACAUAUGGAUAUCUUGCUCCAGAAUUUGUCUACCAGAACGAGCUCACAACGAAGAGCGACGUCUACAGUUUUGGGGUGCUACUGCUGGAAAUAGUCACAGGGCGUCGACCUGCACAGGCAGUUGAUUCGGUGGGUUGGCAAAGCAUAUUUGAGUGGGCCACACCUUUAGUACAAGCAAACCACUACCCUGAGCUCCUGGAUCCCCAUGUGUUUCUAUCUUCUUCUUCGGAGGUUCCAGAAGCCGGUACCAUUCAGAAGGUUGUAGACCUCGUGUAUGCUUGUACGCAACAUGUACCAUCCAUGCGGCCUAGAAUGUCUCACGUUGUUCACCAGCUACAGCAGUUAGGCCAUCAAUCCUCUGUUUAA